CCCUGCCCCCUUAUAUACCAUGCCUCGUCGCCUCUCCCUCUCGCCCUCCGUACCAGCUCUCUCUGUCUCUGUCUCUCUCUGCAAUUGGUCCCAUAAGUUUAUAAUGAAGAUGAGCUGUAAUGGCUGCAGAGUCCUGCGUAAGGGCUGCAGUGGGAACUGCAUCAUUAGACCUUGUCUUCAAUGGAUCAAGUCCCCUGAUUCUCAAGCCAAUGCUACUCUCUUCCUGGCCAAGUUCUAUGGCCGUGCUGGCCUCCUCAACCUCAUCGAAGCCGGUCCUCAACACCUUCGCCCUGCUAUUUUUAGGUCACUUUUAUAUGAGGCUUGCGGGCGUGUAGUAAAUCCAGUGUAUGGGUCAGUCGGAAUGCUCUGGUCGGGCAACUGGGCUCAGUGCCAAGCAGCAGUUGAUGCAGUGCUUAAAGGAUCACCGAUAACCCAAACUUCUUCUUCUGAUUCACUUGCGCUGCAGCCGAUUUCUCCUCUCAAGACGUACGAUAUCCGCCACGUCUCCAAGGAACCCAGGCCAGCUGACAUCGACAAGCUCAAGACCCGCACUCGUUUCAAGCGAUCCGUGAACAGGUCCAAGCGGCAGGUUGACCCGCCCAGUUAUGACUCGUGGAUGAGCCAACGGGGAAAUGAUGACAGCAAAGACGAUGAGAGCAUGUUCUCUGUGGAGACUGUGGAGGGUUCGCUGGUGAACCAGAGUCAAAAGGUUCCUGCUCUGAAGUUUGCUAGCCAAAUUGAGGAGAGUACUGAUGAUGUUGGGUUAGAACUGACUCUUGGAUUGGUUCCUGCAGCGCUGCAACCUCACCAGUGAGGAAGAAUUAAUCCAUCAUAAAGUGGUAGAUGUAAACUGCAGUUGGAUACAAAUUGAUCCUCCUCUGUGCUUCAUUCAUUACAGAUAGAAGCAAUUUUGGCGACUAUAAAGAUAUCAACUCUAGUUUCUCCUGAUAAUAGAAUGUUGAAGUUAAUUAUUUUGUUUCUUUUCUUUUCUUUCUUAAUUUUCUGUUUGGUGAAAAAGAAAUGUUGGUGGGUUUUUUCCUUUUUCUUUCUGGUAAAUUGUAAAAUUAGGACACAGAUAA